GGAUAUCUUACCACAGUCUCGUACUCGACAGUGAGCAGAGAGUGAAAGCGAUUUUGUUUGCUGAUCAGAGGUGCGUUCGUGAAGUUCGCACCGAGCAAGGACGUUGAACUCCUGUUCAGAUAAUAUCCUGUGUGCUCAAAGCAGUAGCCAUGAUUCUCUUGGAAGUCCAUAACAAAAUUUUGGAAGAGGCCCUUCUUUCUCGCUUCAACAGUGAGAAAAAGGAAGCUGUUGACCUGAAAAUUGCUGAUUUUGAUGGUAUCCUCUUCCACAUCACAAAUGUUGACGGAGACAAGAACAAGAUCCUGGUCAGCAUAUCUAUGAAGUUCUACCAUGAGCUCGCCAAAUAUGGAAUCAAUGAGUACUUGAAGGCAGAGUAUGGUGACCUUGUUACCUCUCCUGAGUCUGGUUAUGACUUCUCUCUCCUGGUCAAUAUGGAGUCGCUGCCAUCCGAUAAAGCUGCGUUUGCAAAGAAAGUUGCUAUGCUUCGACGUCACUGCUUUGCAUCUGUAUUCGACCACAUGUUUGAUAAGCAAGCUGCUGGUGGCUGCAAAGACAAGGCUGUCAUUCACUACCGAGAUGACGAGACCAUGUAUGUGUCUGCAGACAAGGAUCGCGUCACUGUGAUUUUUAGCACCCUUUUCAAGGAUGACGAUGAUGUUAUCAUUGGCAAAGUCUUCAUGCAGGAGUUCAAGGAAGGACGCCGUGGUAGCACCACAGCACCGCAAGUGCAGUUCAGUCACCGUGAACCACCUCUUGAACUGCAAGGAACCGAUGCACGCACUGGCAACAAUGUUGGAUACAUCUCCUUUGUUCUAUUUCCACGCGCAACCGUCGCUGGUGCUCAGCGUCAGAAGACCAUUGACUUGAUUCAUACUUUCCGGAACUAUCUUCAUUACCACAUCAAAUGCUCCAAGGCGUACUUGCACUGCCGGAUGAGGGCAAGAACGUCGGCGUUCUUGAAGGUCCUAAACCGUGCUCGCCCGGAGAAGAAGGCAGUAGAAAAGAAGACAAUCAGUGGUAAGACAUUCACAAGAAAGUAAGGUACCGCUUCCGCCAAGCCGCAUGGUGUAUCUUGACCGAUCUUCCCUAUCCUCCAUUUCCCAAAUUUGAUCUAUGUUUUUGUGAUAGUGCACAAGCAGAAUUACGACACCAACCAUCUACAGUAUUUCUGCAACUAACUUUAGCAUUGACCAUUGACCAGAGUAGCGUCCAACUUGGUCAUUGUGUCAGUCUUUUUAAUUUGAUUUGUAUAUAGGCUAAUCUGAUAGAGCAGCUGCGUCAGUGUGUCAAGCCGUUCCACCGGGAUGCACUGUGGACAUUCUUGACAAUACAGCUUUUGUAUACCUUUUUCUCAGCGGUAUCCAUCCACCUCCAUUGCAGCUCACUGCAACCUGUAUAGAAGUGUAACUUCAUUGUCACUUGA